AUGGCGGAGUACAAGCUCGAUGUAACGACCGGAGACAAGGCAUACUCCGGAACAUCGGACCACAUCUACAUCACCUUGUUUGGAACGGAAGGCCAGAGUGAGAGAGUGGAGUUAGACAACUGGGGUGUCGACUUUGUAACUGGCACAACUGGGAACUACACUGUAAAAACCAGCGCACCUCUGGGGAAACUCCUGCUGGUCAAGGUAGAGAAAGAUCCUUAUUUCUUCUUCUCCGACAACGAGUGGUACUGCUCCAAAAUUGUGGUGACCACCCCGGAAGGAGAGGCCAUCCUUUUCCCGUGUCACGAAUGGCUGGCCGAUAACGAAGUGGUGGAGCUGAGAGGAGGAAGAGCCAUGAAGGUUUUUGAAGAUGACCACCCGUUGUUGAUUGAGCAUCGCAAAAAAGAGCUGGCAUCUAAAAAGAGCUUGUUCCAAUGGGCCAUAAUGAAGGAAGGACUCCCUUACUACGCCAAUUUCGAUGUAUCAAAUGUCCCGGCUGAAGUCCGCAUGCCAGUGUCCAGAGUGGCGCAGUCAAAGAUGCUCGCCCUAGGGGGUGCCUUUGAACUGAAGCUGAAAGGGAUGCUCGGCAGUGUGGAAAAUUGGGAAAACAUUGACGAUAUGAAACAAAUCUUCUGGAAUAGGAAAACCAAAUUAUCAGAGUACGUUUCCCAACACUGGAAGGAAGAUGACUUUUUCGGGUUCCAGUUUCUAAACGGAAUUAGCCCCAAUAUGAUCAAACGCUGCUCGACGCUUCCUGCAAAUUUCCCAGUCACAGAGGAAAUGGUGAAAGCAUUCCUUGAGGAAGGGAGCACUCUGGACAAUGAAAUCCAGAAAGGCAAUAUAUUCCUGUAUGACCAGAAGAAAAUGAAUGGCAUACCUGGGAGGAUGUAUAAUGGUGCACGUCUGCAAGCGUCUGCUGGUCUCUGUCUGUUUUACCUGAAUCCUGAGAAGAAACUGAAGCCCAUUGCAAUACAGCUACAACAACAACCCUCGGAGCAGAACCCCAUUUUUCUGCCCAGCGACUCGGAGACGGACUGGCUUCUGGCCAAGAUGUUCAUUAAAAAUGCAGAUAUGAUGGAUCACCAGGCAAACCACCACUUUAAAGACACUCACUUCCUCUCCGAGGUCUGGGUUACGAGCCUUAUCCGCAACUUCCCCGUGAUUCAUCCCAUUUACAAGUUCCUGAUCCCCCACUUCCGCUGGAUUCUCCAUAUUAAUGCAGUGGCCCGCCAAAUUCUGUUUGGACCUGGUGGACCCUUUCCAGUGAGUACACUUGGCCUUGACAGCAUUCUGGAGACAAUGGUACGGUCCCAUGCCGAGCUCACCUACAGCAAGCUGUGCUUGCCGGAGAACAUCGCCGCUCGAGGACUGGAGUCCAUCCCCAACUUCUACUACAGAGAUGAUGGCCUUCAGCUAUGGGACAUGAUCAACAGCUUUGUGAAAGCAGUCGUGGGACACUUCUAUCGUUCCGACAGUGAGGUGGUCAAAGACUCUGAGCUCCAGGGCUGGAUCUAUGAGAUAUUCACUCGAUGCUUUUUAGGAAACAAAUCCUCAGGGUUUCCUGAGUCCUUCCAAACUGUUGAGGAAGUGGUCAAGUUCAUCACCAUGGUCAUCUUCACUGUGUCCGGUCAGCAUUCCGCCGUCAAUUCCGGACAGUUUGACUACCAGUCCUUCAUCCCCAACAGCUCCAUGCUUCUACGCAAGCCACCUCCGACCGUCAAAGGCCAGUCGAGUAUGAAGACCAUUCUGGAGACGCUCCCAAACGUUGGCGAGUCAGUCAAGAUAGCGAGCAUCGUCUACGUGCUCUCGCAAAAAUAUUACGAUUUUGUGAACCUGGGUUCAUACCCUGAGGAACGAUUUCAAGAGCCUGAAAUCCAGCAAAUGGCCAAGGAGUUUCAAGCACAGCUGUCCAAACUUACUGACAUAAUCAAUGCCAGAAACGCGCAGCUUACAGUGCCGUACAUGUAUAUGAACCCAGGCCGAGUAGAGAACGGUGUCACUCAGUAAGUAAGGGGUCUUAUCCGGAUGACAUAAUAGCUGUAGGAAAAAAGUGAGUAAAACACCUUAAUUAUGUUUAGAACAACAAAUAAACUUGGGUUGGGAAUGUAAAAUUGGCCAUCAUUUCAUCAGAAUAAAAUUAAUAUUUGAUCUCGGCCAGCGCCUCUCAAAGUUCUCCCAUCACACGUAAUAAUAAUAACAGAUUAUGCUGUGUUUAUUCUAUGGCUAACAUUAACAUGACUCAGCGUGGUUCGUGAGUAGCACACUCUUCUGGUGAAUAUAUGUAACAGCAACUGAGCUUUGCAAUAGAUAUAGGCAAUAAAGUAGGCUUAUCAAUGUCUUAGUUUCACCCAAAGAAUUGUAAGAUAAUUCACUUCAUUUUACAAAUAAAACAAUAAAGUAUAAACACAAUAGACACACCCUCCUCUUUUAUCCAGGUUUACUGAAGAUUAAGAAACAUUUGCGUUUUAGAUCUCGCUGUGUAAAACAGGGCGCGCCAUCCUUGCAGCAUCGUGGCUCGCGCAUGUGUGAUUCAUUUGCACUUUCGAUGCGUAGAGCUCCACAUCAUGUUCUCAGUGUGCCGCGGAAGCUGACGAUACACUGCUGCCUUGUGACUGCCUUUGGCCGGGGCGGACCUGUCAACAGCACCCGCUGUUGCUCAGUGAGAACACAAAAUGCAGGACAACAAAACAACGUGCUUUCACUUUUAAGUCCCCAAAUACCAGAAAAGUCCCCUACGACGCCAGAAAAAGUCACUAGAUUUGUCCCUAGUGGCUUUGGAGAAAAUAUGUCGUCAAGGGGGGUUGGAAUGACGCCAGAUCGAGCACUGAGCGGGGGCGUGAUAGCAGCUGCAAUGCUUUAAAACAAUAGACUGUUGCGUUUUGUGCAACACAUUGCUUUAAAUGCAUCUCUGCUCCAAGUAUUACAAGUGCUAAAAUGUCACA